AUGGCAGAGCUGAAGGAGCCAUCACAUGGCAUCUGGACCGGCUACGGCAGCCCAGUGCAAAUGGCAAACGGGCGUUUCGGGCAUCCGGGAGCGUUGGAUCCGGUUCUUGCCAAUGCGGCCGCGGCGGCACCUCCGGGCCCACAAUCGGCACGGCCGAGAACAGACGCCACUGGCUAUCCGUACACGCGGUACCCGCAAGACGACACUGACAUCUACGGCAGACACCAUUCAACGUCAAGUGCCAGUGGCGUGCCGCAUCCGUCACUGACGACACACCAAAGCUACCCGAACCUGAAGCGUACCUACUCACAAACAGAGCAGCACCAGCAACCACCAUCGUCGCAAGUCCCACCAUACGGAGACAUGGUGCAAGACAUGCGCACCGAGGACGGCUCCAAAGUCAAUGUGAACCAGGGCCAUAAGCUUCUUUCCUUUCGACGGGCAGCGGACAAGCACACGAUUGUAGACCGCCACGGCCGCAUCCAGCAACUGGAUCUUUCCGCACAACUGCACGGCAUGUUCUUUUUGUCCGAACUGCCCACAAGCUCGAGCGACGGUUCCGUUUUGCAACCAGAGUUGACGUGCUACCGCCGCAAUCUCUUCCAGAUCAGCGGCACGCUGAUAACACCUAGAGGGCAACUGUCCGUCGUGAACGAAGGCGGCGAAACGGUAGCAGUGAGCUCAACCGAGUUGACAAUUUCCGCGAUCGAGUCUGUCGAUGGCCAUCCGAUUCGCUUGAUUGUCAUUCCAUGGAAAACCCCACCGCCAAACUCGCCCGAAGUUGCUCAGAACCCCGAUCAGGAGCCGGUGCCUCUGCCGCUGAUUCCGUUUCAGGAUGAUGGUUCGGAGGCAGAAGGAGAGUAUGCAGUUUAUCCGAUAGGCUGGCGCCGUCUGCAAUUCCGGAUAGCGACGGCAAAUAACGGACGGCGCAAGGAGCUUCAGCAGCACUUCGUUCUACACCUAAAGGCCGUUGCAACUCUGGCCAACGGAUCAAAAGUUGUCUUGGCCGAGUCGACCACCGCACCAAUCGUUGUUCGUGGCCGCAGCCCACGCAACUUCCAAGCCAGAAAGGAAAUCCCUUUGCUGGGUUCAAGUGCCGGUUCGAGAGGCCAGGCUCUGGUCGAGACAGGAAUGGGCAUCGUCGCAGGCCCUCUGACUGUGAAGACACAAGAUAAAGCAAGAGCAAUGGCGCUAGAUUUGCCCCGUUCGUCCUUUACCUUCACCGCCGCGCCCAAGAUGCCACCCAGCCCGCUGUCGAUGCGGUCCAACUCGUACCCAGCGUGGAAUACGCAACAGAUGCCGCUGCCUCCAGCAAGUGGCGGCGCAUACCCGGCAACUUCCAUGGCGAAUGAGCCCUACCAGAAGCUGCCGAUAACGGGCUCCCCGCACUACACAGCGGAACCCCAGGAGAUGCCUAUGCAGCAGGCCUCGUCGAUGCCGUCAGUGCAGCUCUCGCUUGUCGCUAACGACCAUCCGCAAUCGAACAUUCGGACACAGUACGCUUAUGUCCAAGGAACGUCUGCCCCGCCACCGCAAAUGUCUCUGCCAACUGCUAGUGAUGCCAGUGGCCUAAGCGUCCCGAGAUAUGUUGACAACAACGCGCGCCCGGCGAAGAGCCCCCGCCACGGAAACAAUGACUCUGUCCACAGCGCGGCGUCCUUGAGCACGAGCAACGACACACCUGGCGAAUAUAGGUAUGCCCCGACACCGUACUUGGGCGUCGGGGGCACCAGCGAGCUAAGCCCACACUCGCAGCACCCGCAACAUGGUGCUCAGCACUCGCCAUCGCAGCCACCUCCGCCACAACAGCAAGGACGUACCCAGCAGCAACAGUCGCAGCCUCAGUCACAGCAGCAGUCUCCGUCACAGCCACUACCUCUCCCCCACCCGCAACAGCCGCCGCCGUCACAGCAGCACCAGCACCAGCACCAGAAUGCCCCCCAGCACCACCAGGGGCAGGCGUACGGCCCGACGUCCCACGAUACUUCAGGCAACAACAGCACGGCCAACCCGCCUUCAGCGUCUCACCCGCCUCCCCGCGAUUAUUAUCCAUCGGCGACUUCAUGGGCACAGCCUCCUGGUGAUGCGAGCCAAACUCCGUAUGCGAACGGCGAAUCUCGACACUAUUCCUUCCCCGAUCAAUACAAGGCCGGCCACCAAGUUAAAAAUGGCGAAGCUCUUCCACAACCACACAGCUAUGCUGCCCGGGGAUCAUUCGAUGCGACGACGAUGAACCACUACUCUUGGAGUGCGGCUUAG